UCGAGUAAAUUUCGCACUUGUGAUCGGUUUUCGUUGAGUAGAAGCGCUCAAUUUUCGUACAGUCGUCAGUCUGACAACGUCGGCUAUAUUCACGGUCAACCGCGGUAUAAAUUUCGAAUCGUUUUAGGUGAUGUGCUGUGUAUCAUUCUGUCAUUAACGCGAAUAUUACUACCUAAUUUCAUUACCGUUUCGUCUCGGAUGCGGUAGUUGUGGAGCCAAGACCAGCAAGAUUAAACAUCACUAGCGUUUUCGCGAAGCCGUCGCGGAUACUGGUUUAAUAAAUACUCAAUUUUUCGUCUUUAUCCGAAUUUUUUAAUCUGUUUUUUUCUAUUUUUAAAUAUUCGAAUUGUUGAUGAAGUGAUCGGUGCAUUUGGUGAUCGAUAUUACCUGUGAAUAAUUCGAGCCAAAAUGAUUAAAAUUGAGUGCCACAAUGUUGAUAAAAAUGAAUCGGCGAUCUUUCUGUCGAACUUGAAAGAAUUGCCAUCUUUGACAAUAGGCGACCUUACUAUCCGCUUGGAAACCGAGGAUCCUUCGACAGAAUUAAAAGAACUAGCGAGAAAGGAAUUAAGAGAGACUCCGGAAGUGGUCGAAGCCGCCAAACAAGAACUGAGAGAAUUGUUGAAAGCUGAUCCUGAAUUGAAUGUACCUUUGGAUAAUGAUGCUUGGCUGGUGCGAUUUUUGAGACCAACGAAAUUCUACCCCGAAAGUACUCACAGAUUGAUCAAAGAUUAUUACAAAUUCAAAUCUAAGCAUAAAGAUAUCUAUGACGGAUUACUUCCAAGUCGCGAGAAAAAUGUAUUCGAACAAAACAUCCUGUUAGUAUUGCCAAAUCGCGAUCAACUAGGAAGACGUAUUUUGGUUAUCGAAUUAGGAAAAAAAUGGAAACCGAAAAAAUGCUCUCUAGACGAUGUUUUCAAAGGUAUCGUAUUAUUUUUGGAAGCAGCCAUGUACGAACCUUCUACUCAAAUAGCCGGUGCUCAAGUUAUCUUCGAUAUGGACGGUUUAUCAAUGCAACAAGCUUGGCAAUUCACACCUGCAUUUGCCAAAAGAAUCGUCGACUGGCUACAAGACAGCGUUGCCUUGAGAGUUAAAGGAUUACAUAUCGUCAAUCAACCAUACGUAUUCAACAUGGUAUUCUCCCUUUUCAAACCAUUCUUAAGAGAAAAGCUACGAAGCAGAAUAUAUUUCCACGGAACUGAUCGUGAUUCCCUACAUCAGUACAUUUCUGCCAAAUGUCUCCCAGAUGUCUACGGUGGUACUUUCCCGUUACCGAAAAUUUCCAGUACCGAGUGGUAUGAAUUGUUAAAACAUUGUGAUGAAGAAUAUCAAGCUAUUAAUUCAUACGGAUUAGUUGUCGAAGAUAAAAAGAAGAAAUCCAAGCAGUAGAAUCAAAGGACUGGGUAGAUAGAAUUUGAAUCUGUGAUUUGUACUAGAUUUUGUCGACGUCCACUUUUUAAUAAUUUUACCAUAAGAUAUAAUUUUUAAAACGGUCCAACCUUUUCUUAUUUUAUUUAUUUAUUUUUUACCAUUAUUUAUUAUUUAAUGAAUAUCUUAUGAACUCGUAUUAAAGAUGUACCUACAUUUAUUUGUAAUGUACUUAUUCUCAAUGUUCCAUUCCGUGAUUUUCUUUUUGUUUUUAUUUUCUAAAUAAAUUAGAAAAUUAAGUACCUAUUUAUAAUAUAAUAAUUAAUUUAAUUACAUAUGAAUUUCGACUAUUUAUUGUUUUAUUUAUUAUAAGGAUACGUUUGAAAACGUAUUAAUUUAUUAUUUUUGUGGUUUUCGUUAUGUUGUGAAUUUACCGAUGUGAUAAUUUGUUUUUAUCGAUGUAAUCAAAUAAUCAAAAAUUUAUCACGAACAAUUAAAUUUAUCAUGUAUCAUUUUUUGAAAAUUUAAUUAAAUAUUUGUAAUCUUU